AUGCACACCGCGCAGGCCCUGGCCUCCAUCCGCCGCUCGCGCACGUACGACGCCGAGGGCGGGCGGCCGCGCAAGUACCCGAGCGAGCACGCGUCGCUGCUGCACGGCCACGGCCACAGCGGCAGCAACGGCUACGACGCGCAGGCCAUCUACCACAUGCUCAAGGACCAGCCGCUCAACCUCAUGCUGCUCGCGGCGCCGCUGGCCGUCUGGGCGUCGCUCGGCGGCUGGAGCGACCUCUGGGUCUUCGUCUUCAACUUCAUCGUCAUGAUCCCGCUGGCCAACCUGCUGGGCGAGGCCACCGAGUCGCUGGCCUUCCACACGGGCGAAACCAUCGGCGGGCUCGUGAACGCCACGUUCGGCAACGCCGUGGAGGUGAUUGUCGCCAUCUUCGCGCUCAAGGCGGGCCAGAUCAACGUGGUGCAGAGCUCGCUUAUCGGCUCCGUGCUGUCCAACCUGCUGCUCGUGCUGGGCUGCGCCUUCAUCGCCGGCGGCGUGCGCAACAAGGAGAGCUCGUUCAACGCCGUGGGCGCCAGCGCCAACUCGUCGCUGCUCAUGCUCGCGAGCUUCGCCAUGCUGCUGCCCAGCUACAUCUUCUACUUCUCGGACCACGAGUCGGAGGAGAACCGCAUGGCCAACACGCUCACGCUCUCGCGCAUCGCCGCCGCCUUCCUGCUCUUCAUGUACAUCCAGCUGCUCUUCUUCCAGCUCAAGACGCACGCUGACUUCUUCGAGGACGAGCAGGAGAACCCGGAGGAGGCCGUGGCGCUGUCCAAGCGUGCCAGCGCCGCCGUGCUGCUCGGCGCGACCCUGCUGGUGUCCAUGUUCUCCGAGUUCCUCGUUGGUUCCAUCGACGGCUUCGCCACAGAGAUGCACCUGAGCAAGUCGUUCAUCGGCAUCAUCCUGUUGCCCGUCGUGGGCAACGCCGUGGAGCACGUGACGGCCGUCAAGGUCGCGCUGAACAACAAGAUGGAGCUGGCCAUGGGCGUCGCAGUGGGCUCGGCCACGCAGGUCUCGCUCUUCGUGGUGCCCGUGGUCGUGCUCUCUGGCUGGUUCAUGGAUCAGGCCAUGUCGCUGGCGUUCCCCCAGUUCGAGAUCCUCAUCUACCUCAUGUCGAUCAUCAUCGUGUACGCCAUCAUCGCGGACGGCAAGUCCAACUGGCUGGAGGGCUCCAUGCUGCUCACCGCCUACGCGCUCGUGGCCAUCACGCUCGUAUGGGUACACGUCCCCACCGCUGAGUAAGGAGCGAUCGAAGCUCCUCGUUUAACUUGUCCCCAGUACAAUGAUAGCUCGCUAGUAAGCGCCAGGAACGAACUGGUGCGACCACCUCUAAAUCACAUUUUGCUGAACUUCAUC